UCAAUACAUCAGGUAGUCACUAAACCCUCGGGCUUAACAAUUCCCUGUUUACUCGCGGUCAGGUGCACUCUUUUGAAGAAAGGGCCCCUUUAGUGCAAUGAGACAGAAUGUCUUUGUCCAAUAUCCAGUGUUUUCCCUCGAUACUCCUGGAGGGGGAUGUGUUCUGUUUUUGACUAUACUGAGCACUUGACAUGGAUCUAUAUAAGGAGGCAGAGGAAAGCGCCAACUCACCUCAUCGUCCUGAAGACCUGGAGCAGAUUUGUUUCAGAAGAAUUUUGUCUUGACAGCAGUUCAGUAUUUAUUUAAAACUAUUUCAUGGAUGGAUGAGAAAAUGCUAGCAUUCCUCAUUUGCAUCGUGGCAGUGCAUCAGGUGCACUCAGCAUGUGUUUUGCCAGACUUUUGCCCACAAAAUGCAACGGUUCAGGCUGAGAUCGUAGACGUGCACAAUGCGUUCAGGAGAGCGGUUCAGCCUUCGGCAUCUGACAUGCUGAUAAUGAGCUAUAGCGAUGAGGUAGCAGCCAGUGCUCAGGCUUGGGUUGACCAGUGUAUUCUGGCUCAUGGAGCACCCAGCACCCGCCUGCUCAAUGGAUAUCACUUGGGGGAGAAUCUGUUCUAUUCAUCUUCUCUUAAGUCGUGGACUGAUGUCAUCGGUGCGUGGCAUAGUGAGGUAGAGCGCUACAAUUACCCCAUUGGAUCCACCAACGGAAAAUCUAUUGGUCACUAUACACAGGUCAUAUGGAACAGCUCAUACAAAGUUGGCUGUGGAGCAACGCUGUGCCCUGACAACAUCUAUUACUAUGGCUGCCAUUAUUAUCGCGCAGGAAACUUCAGGCGAUGGGUGCCUUACACAGCUGGACCCCCAUGUGAAUCCUGUCCUAACAACUGUGUGGACAAACUCUGCAACAACCCCUGUCCUUACAUAGACCAUUACAUCAACUGUCCAAUCUUGAAAAACACCACUGGAUGCAGUAAUGAGCUGGUGAAGGCUUGGUGCCCUGCUUCGUGCACAUGCACCACCGAGAUCAUUCCAAUAGGCUGAAGGCUAAACUGUUGAGUCUGCAAACUUGGGCUUCAGCCCAGUACUGUUCACAUGUUCUUUGUUGGUUCUCUGUUUGUGACACAAGAAAAGAUACCAAUGACAUAUGAAAGAGAACAUGGAAAAAAAUAAAGAAAAAUCUGUACCAUUG